AUGCGGAAGAGGCAUCUUGUUCUCGAAUUUCUUCUUCCAUUCUUCCUCGCGGCUGCUUCAGCGUUGGCGUUAUCAACUGACGGAACGCAAAAAGGCACCUUGUCAGCGCCGGGACUGAACAUCCCGCCGGAUUACAUUCCGGACCCCUCUCGAAUCAAGCAGCUCGCAUGGAAGCCCAGGGCUUUCCUUUAUCCCAAUUUCCUCUCUGCUGCGGAGUGUGAUUACAUCGUCAACAUGUCGCGCCCACUAAUGGAGCGGUCGACAGUGGUGGGGCAGGGAGGGAAGAGCGUGGUUGACACCAUCCGGACCAGCAAUGGCUGCUUCAUCGAUAAGUACAAGGACCCAGUCAUCAUGCGCAUAGAAGAGCGCAUUGGUGACUGGACCUUCCUGCCUCUUGCCAACCAGGAGGCGAUGCAGGUGCUGCAGUACCAGUACGGGCAGAAGUACGGCGCCCACUGGGACUAUUAUGACGAUAAGACCGCCCAGCCGGGCGGGCCCCGAUACGCCACUGUGCUCAUGUACCUCACUGACGUGGUCAAGGGUGGAGAGACUGUGUUCCCGCAGUCUGAGGAGGACUCCACAGUGAAGGAUGACAGCUGGAGUGACUGCGGCAAGCAGGGAAUUGCAGUGAAGCCAGCCAAGGGCAGUGCGCUGCUCUUUUUCAGCAUGAACCCCAAUGGCUCCUUUGAUACAGCCUCACUGCACUCCGGCUGCCCUGUGAUCGAAGGAGAGAAGUGGUCGGCCACCAAGUGGAUCCACGUUGACUCCUUUGACCCGCCCUUCCGUGACCCGGACGUGUGCCAGGACGACGAUGCGAACUGUGGCGACUGGGCGAGGGCGGGCGAGUGUGAGAAGAACCCAAAGUUCAUGAAGGGCACGGGGAGGGCACAGUAUGAGCUGGGUUUUUGCCGCAAGAGCUGUAGGUCGGCAGAGGUGUGGGCGAAUGGUGGUGCGGAAGGGAAGGGGCGGGGGCCAGCAGCAAGGGCGGAGAGUGCUUGUCGCUGCAGCAGCCAAAGUCGCAUCCACGGAGGUGCCGUUGCUGCUGCAUCUGCUGCCGUUGCAGUUGCUGCUGCUGCUGCUGCUGCUGCUGCUGCUGCUGCUGCUGCUGCUGCUGCUGCUGCUGCUGCUGCCACUCCUGCUGCUGCUGCUCGUGCUGCAAUUGAUGCCGAUGCUGCCAAUGCUGCUGUUGCGUUUCCCUCCACCCUUUCAUCGGCUGCAGCAGCAGCUGCUGUGUUGGCUGCUGCGAUGCUCGUGGUUGUAGCUGGGGUGAUUGCAGCAUUUGCAGGUGUAGCGGAGUGA